AUGGCGUCAAGACGUGCUUUUCUGGGCUCUCGUAUUUUAGCGCUUAUCUUGGUCUCAAUAUGCCUUGUUAACUGGGAUUUCGACUCAAAUUUAUCCUUUCUUGAGUUAGAUCAAGUGUGUAUGCUUGCUAGAUAUCAUCCUCACAGAUCCUUCAAUUUUUUCGACUUCGACUUCCAUACUUUGGUUGAAGAGAGACGUCUUGGUUCGUCAUUCUACCGCGGCGGAGGUUACUUAUCAUUUAGGAUAAGUCUUUAUCCGAAUUCGGUGUCUACCUUCCAGCUCAAUCGUUUAAUUAUAAGUGGAGAUAUAAGUGAGAAUCCUGGACCAGAUAAAUGUUCUGUAUGUACGAACACUGUCGCCAAAAACCAUCGUGCAAUCUCCUGUGAUUCGUGUGCUGGAUGGUGUCAUAUUAAGUGCGGAAAAUUUAAACCAAAUGACUACAAGAAACUACAGUUGGCUGAUGACUUUACCUGGUUUUGCCCUGCCUGCCUAUCUCAACCAUCAUUAACAUCUUCUCACUCUUCGCUACUAUUAAAUACUACAUUUCAACAUGGCCGAUGUAAGCACUCGCUUGAUUGUAUGGUAAUUAAUGCACGUUCGCUUCGAAACAAGCUUCUUGACUUUCAGGGGGUUGUUUAUACCAGAAAAAUCGAUAUUGUCAUUGUAUCGGAGACCUGGCUUGACAACACUGUACCUGAUUAUGAAAUUUUGCCGAAUGGAUAUACAAUCUUUAGGAAAGAUCGAAUUGGUCGCAGAGGCGGUGGUGUGUUGUUGGCAUUCAAAUCUCAGAUCAUGGCCUGGAGAAGAUAUGACUUAGAGGCUAACUGCGAAUUAGUAUGUUGUGAAUUCCUUUCGUCGCUUGGUCAAAAGAUCUUAUUUGGUGUUUACUAUCGCCCACCGAACACUGGUGCUGAGUAUUUUCAGUGUCUACGUGACUCACUUGCUACCAUCGAUGACAAAUUUGACAAAAUUUUUCUUGCCGGUGAUUUUAACCUCCCUGGUUUUGACUGGAUUAACCAGGUUCCACUCUCCUCUGAGCCUUUAUACUUAGAUGCUUACGAACUUUUGAACGAUUCAUUUCUUACUCAAGUAAAUUUUCACCCCACUCGUAAUAACAGCAUUUUGGAUUUGGUGCUUACUACUGUUCCAGAUCUCAUAUCUGAUAUAUAUUCUUUUCAAGAUAUUGUGGACUCUGAUCAUAACUGUGUAUCUUUCAAGGUUCAUUUUGCUCCUACCACUUCAAGGCCUGUGUCCAAAGAAGUCUUUAAUUACAAAAAGGUCAACUUCAAAGAGCUCAGGGAAACACUCUCAUUUGUCCCUUGGCAUGUUGCCAUGUUGGAUGAUAAUUUGGAUAAUACUGUUUCAAACUGGGAAGAUUUAUUCCGAUACUAUCUAAAGUCCUUGAGAGACAUGUCCACACAAGAUUGUAUCAUCAUGUCUCGGAUUUUUUAA